UUGAAAUGAAUAUCGGAUGGAACCAGGUUUGCAGAUGAUGCAAUAGAAGACUGGGAUGGGAAUGUGUAUUUCAGCAUUGUGAGUACGAAAUUUGAUAUGCAUCAUUGGCAUCUAGAUUUCUUAGAGGCAAGACCUCAUGGACAACUUUUCAAGUACACUGCAAAAUCCAAUGAAUCUGUUCUUCUUCUCGAUAAUCUUGCCUUUGCUAAUGGAGUUGCACUCUCCAAGGACCAAGAUUUUCUUUUGAUCUGUGAAACUUGGAGAUAUAGGUGUCUGAGGUAUUGGUUAAAAGGAGAAAAGAAAGGCAAGACAGAUAUUUUCGUAGAAAACCUUCCUGGUGCACCUGAUAAUAUCAAUCUUGCUCCUGAUGGAACCUUCUGGAUCGGUUUGAUUCAGUUGAGUUCUGAAAGGCUGGAGUUUAUGUACAACUACAAGAUAACGAAGCACCUGCUAGCUGCAUCUCCAAGACUGUUUAACUUUGUGGCUGAUCUGAAGAGAAGAGCAAGGGUGGUGAAUGUGGGAACUGAUGGGAAGAUAAUUAGGAAGUUUGAAGAUGGUGAUGGGAAGGUGAUUAAUUUUGUGACUUCAGCUUUGGAGUUUGAGGAGCAUCUUUACUUAGGUAGUCUUAGUUCAAACUUUGUUGGAAAAUUACCACUGCAUGGUGCAUAGAAUG